UGACUGUAGCCGGUCCGCCAAGAUGGCUUCCUCCUACGUGGUCCUGCUGGCGCUGUUCGUAUCCCUGCCGCUGCUGCUGCUGAUCGCGUGGAAGCGCAGGCAGCGGGGGCGCACGGCCCGGCACGUGGUCGUCGUGGUGCUGGGCGAUGUGGGCCGCAGCCCCCGAAUGCAGUACCACGCGCUGUCGUUGGCCAAGCGCGGCUUCUCCGUGACCCUCCUGGGGUUCUGUAACUCCAAACCCCAUGAUGAACUCUUGCAAAACAACAGAAUUCGGAUUGUGCGUUUGACAGAACUCCAGAGACUUGCAGUUGGGCCGCACAUUCUUCAGUAUGGAGUCAAAGUUGUAUUUCAGGCCGUGCACUUGCUCUGGAAGUUAAUGUGCAGGGAGUCAGCAGCUUACAUCUUUCUCCAGAAUCCCCCGGGCCUGCCUGCCAUUGCUGUCUGCUGGUUUGUGGGCUGCCUCUGUGGGAGCAAGCUCGUCAUCGACUGGCACAACUAUGGCUACUCCAUUAUGGGUUUGGUGCACGGCCCCAAUCACCUCCUCGUUCUGCUGGCCAAGUGGUACGAGAAGCUCUGUGGCCGCCUGUCCCACCUGAACUUAUGUGUGACCAACGCGAUGCGGGAAGACCUGGCAGAGAACUGGGGCAUCAAAGCUGUGACUGUCUACGACAAGCCCGCAUCUUUCUUUAAAGAGACGCCCUUGGACCUGCAGCACCGGCUCUUUAUGAAGCUGGGCCGCACCUACUCUGCGUUUAGGGCCAGCUCAGAACCCUCAGACCUGGCCACGGAGAGGUCGGCCUUCACGGAGCGGGAUGCUGGGAGCGGGAUGGUGACAUGUCUUCAUGGGCGGCCGGCCCUGUUGGUCAGCAGCACGAGCUGGACAGAGGAUGAAGACUUCUCCAUCUUGCUGGCAGCAUUAGAAAAGUUUGAACAGCUGAUCCUGGAUGGAGAAAGCCUUCCCUCUCUGGUCUGUGUGAUAACUGGCAAAGGGCCUCUGAAAGAGUAUUACAGCCGUCUCAUUGGCCAGAAGCAUUUCCAGCACAUUCAGGUCUGUACCCCAUGGCUGGAGGCUGAGGAUUACCCCCUGCUUCUAGGGUCAGCGGACCUGGGCGUCUGUCUGCACAAGUCCUCCAGCGGCCUAGACCUGCCCAUGAAGGUGGUAGACAUGUUUGGGUGCUGCCUGCCUGUGUGCGCCGUGACCUUCCAAUGCUUACACGAGCUUGUGAAACAUGAGGAAAACGGCCUGGUCUUCAAGGACUCGGAGGAACUGGCAGCUCAGCUGCAGAUGCUUUUCUCAAAGUUUCCUGAUCCUGCUGGUAAACUGAACCAGUUCCGGAAGAACCUCCAGGAGUCCAAGCAGCUUCGUUGGGAUGAGAGCUGGAAGCAGACGGUUCUCCCUUUGCUUAUGGACAUGACCCCUUGGACCAAAGACUGAACCCCACUGAGCGUAUCCCGGUGCUGGAUGUC